AUUUGUUUUUUCUUGAUGCAUACUUGUAUAUAACGGAUCUUAAUGGAUGCAUAUCCCCACCCCAUUGAACUAUCUACUCUAUCUCUUUCUGUGGCUGUGUGCGACAUGAAGCAUUCUACGCGUCUAUUUUCAGCACUUUCCUUCCUCCUCCUGCUGCUUGUGGCCACUGAGAUGGGGCCAAUGAUGGCGGAGGGCAGAACAUGCGAAUCUCAAAGCCAUAAGUUCAAGGGAAUAUGUUUGAGCGACACUAACUGCGCUUCCGUUUGCAAAACGGAAGGGUUCACUGGAGGAGACUGUAAAGGUGCACGUCGUCGCUGCUUCUGCACUAAGAAAUGUACCUAGUCUACGAUAUCAGAUUAAAGUGGACUCAAGAGCAGAAUCUCUAAAAUUUACUGGGAAUGUGUGUGCUUGAGAAUAAUUAUAAGAAGAUUAUCUUA